CGGGGGGCUGCGCUGGGCCGUGGUCUUUUGGGGUCUUUGUGUGGCGGUCCUUUGGGCUCGUUUGAGUGAGAGCAGUGCUUUUUCUUUUCUUCUACAGCUGCUAUGGGUUCUGCACUUUCUCUGUCUGCUGACAGUGCUGCCUCCAGGCGGAGGAGGAAGGCUGAUGCAGAUGAUGAUGGUGAUGAUGAUUUACUCGAUAGCCGAGACCGCAAUGAGGACAUUGCCAAAUUUCCAUACGUUGAAUUCACGGGUCAGGACAGCAUCACCUGCCCCACUUGCCAAGGCACUGGCUGCAUUCCCACAGAACAGGUAAAUGAGUUGGUGGCUUUGAUACCCUACAGCGACCAGAGGCUCCGUCCACAGAGGACGAAGCUCUAUGUCCUCCUGUCGGUGCUGCUCUGCCUUCUGAUCUCAGGGUUGGUCGUUUUCUUCCUCUUUCCACACUCUGUGCUGGUGGAUGAUGGAGGCAUUAAGGUGGUUCAAGUGUGGUUCGACAGGAAGAACUCUGUUGUCCUUCUUGCCAUCACGGCCACUUUACGGAUCAGGAAUUCCAACUUCUACUCAGUGACAGUGGACAGUCUGACUAGUCAGGUGCAGUACAUGAACACCGUGGUGGGCAGCCAGCAGAUCACCAACAUCUCCAGCAUCCAGCCACUAAGUGACAAGCUGGUGAAUUUCACAGUGAAGGCGGAGAUGGGAGGACCUUUCUCCUAUGUGUAUUUCUUUUGCACAUUUCCCAAGGUGAAGGUGCAUAAUAUAGUCAUCUUCAUGAGGACGUCGGUGAAGCUCUCCUACAUCGGCCGCAGGACGCAGAGCUCUGUGGAAACGUACCACUACAUCGACUGCAGCACCAACUCCACGGCUGACCUGCCCCCUCUGCCGGCCCCCUCCGGGCACGGCGUGGCUCUGAGCAAAGCCUGAGCUCACUGCUGUGUUCUGAGGGUGGUGAUGGUGCAGAUGGAUUUCCCUGGUGAAAUAUGAAAUGCGUAGCUGUAGAAAAAGAACUUUGAAAUGGAAGCAGAAGGACUGCGAGUGACUUUAGGAGAGACUUGAAGGCUCUGGGUCCCUUUUGCACUUUGCCACCUGCAGCUGGGCUGCACUGCUGGCCUGUCCCUGACAUCCUUGAUGUUUAUGUACAAGCCUCCAGGUCCCUUCCAAAGUGAGAGGCCUGACUUCCUUUUGAAUUCUUUAACUGUUUUUUUGUGUGUGUGUGUGGAACUGAGGAUUUGAGCUCUGUGCUUUGGGGUCCAAGGAUCUCAGAGAUUUAGAUUGAAGUUUUGAAGUUUAACACUCUGCUCCUUUCAGGGCAAACUAGCUAGUUCUGUGUGAUUUAUCCCAACUUUGUUUGGUGGCAGCCUGUUACUGGCAUCUUUCAGAGCAGAACUUGAUAAAAAGGGAUAAUCCUCUGCCAGGAAUGCACGGAUGAGGUGUUCAGGCUUUCACCUGUGUAACUUGCACUAGUAGGAGGAAAGGGAAUUGAAACCACCAAAAUGUUUUCUCCUUUGCUGGCAGCUGAAGCUGCUUCCAGAGACCCGAUACCAAAACACCCGUCUUAAUGAGGACAGCCUCAUUAAGCAGGGUGCUGUUGGUGUGGGGAAGGGUCCCUGUGGCUUUGACCCUCUGAUCCGCGCUGCUUGGGGCGUGUGGCAUUCAGCAGCUGUGAGUUCCCUGGUGUUGAACCCAGGGCAGGUGCAGCUCAGUGCUGCUUUGUGUUUGUGCCUGCUGCGAGUGAGCGCAGACCUGAACUGAUUUUGUUGAAGAUUGGGGAGUUUUGUGUUUCAAAGACUCACCUCUCCGGAGCCGAUCGUUCCCAAAGGAUGGCAAAGCAAACAAACCUGAUGCUGCAGUUCAGCAGGCUGCAGUUCUGCGGUCUGUUUGCUGUGUUUGCAGCUUGGAGAACUUUGUUCUGCUUUUGCCCUUUCUAGUUUUUCUGGAACCACAUCACUGCAGCCUCCUGUGUUUCCUCUGUGCGCACCCUAUGCUGUUCUCCAUCCAUCUCUAUGUGGAAACAAAGUGGCCAAAGGGAAGUGGCUCUGGUGUUUUUUCAAUGAAGGAGGCUUUCUUUUGUGCAAGUGUGAAAUAAAAAUGCCCUUUGUUUUUUUUAAGAGGUGGAGUGUCUUCCCAGCAGAGCUUCUGGAGCUGAAGUCUGCCUAUUAAAGGAGGGCUGUGUGCUGAGUGGUGUCUUUACCUGGAAACUGAGGAAAUACUGUGUCUGCGUCCUGUGGAAAUCAACCUUUUGUCCCAGAGGGAGUGCUCAGUGUUGUGACUGGCAUCGUGUCACCUUUUGCCUGAAUGCCCCUUGUCUCCUGCUGGUGAUUUGGGGGAAUGAGGGCUGAAAUCCUCUCCAGCAGAGCAGCCCUCCCAGCACCUCCGUUCCCACGCAGGGUUUGGGUUCAUGGACCUCAGCUCUGCAGCUGUCACUGCACCAUCCCCAUCUCAUCACGAGCUCCUCACACUGUGCUGAUAAACCCCUAUCAGCAUCUAACUCUGCUGAGUUGAAUUUUCUGUAAGGAAGCUGUAGGAGUCACACGCUCUGCCCUUCCUCGUCCUGCUGGCUGAGCUUCCUGAUGGCCCCCAACCCUUUGCUGUGGUGCUUUGGCUGCAGAUAACAGAUGCUCUCCUGCUCCCUGGGGUCAGGUCCUAAAAGCAGAGCUGCUUUUACCUGGUGAGGGAGAGCUCAGAGGGCUGCCUGUGGGAUCCCCCAUCCUGCUGCUUAUCCGAGCAAGGGAAACAGCUUUUGGGACAUGGAGAGCCCUGGUAAUUGGGGGUGCCCUCUGGGUCAUGUGGCACUUGGCCUUAUAAAGGGCGUUUAUUUUGGAAAAUCCUUCUUAAUCCCCCAAUCCUUUCUAAUGAAUUUCUUCUGCCAAUGUUUCUUGCAGCUCCCAGCCCUGGAAAGCUGCCUCAGGUGCUUUGGCUGCAGCAUUGCCAGCUGCCAGCACUUAAAACUGAGACCAGGGCCCCAAAGUAGCAUUUCUUUAAAGGGGUUUUUAAUCCUUUCAAGUCAUAAUUUCUCUUAAUGAAGGACUGCUAUCAGCUGGUGCAAAAAGCUGACCCUGUAACAGCAGUGCUGUGGUGAAACCUGUGGGCCAGCAGCUCUCAUGGGGUCACUGGGCUAAUUUUCUUGAAGAUAGUUAAAAACAAUUAAACUACUGGGGCUUUCCCUCUAAUUAACAAGCUGCUCAAGAGCAGCAUUUACAUAUGUCGUGUUUUAAUAAAGCUUAAAGGCAGAGCUGCUUCAUUACAAGGAGUCCAUGUGUGCACCCCAUGGCCAUGAACUCUUCCACUUGCAGUUCUGCAGAAUCUGCCCUUAAAUUAUCUUUACAUGUGCACAAAACGGGACACGAGGAAGGAAUGUCAGAAGGAUUUUCUUUUCUUUGUCUGAAGAAUUUGUUUAGUUAUGGUUUCUUCCCUUUUCCAUCUCUCUUAACCCAUAAGUCUUGAGAUCUGACCCCAAACCCUUAAGGGGGGGGAGAAGGGAAGAGGUUGCACAGCAAACAAACACAAGAAGGACCCGCACAGCUGCUUUUACUUUCCACCAAAAGUUUUUUUUUGUUUUUUUUUUUUUUGUUUUUAUAUCAACUGAUGUUAAAAAAUACAGACUUGUUUUACAAGAAUAGCACCAUUUCUGUUGUAUGAUACAUUAGCACUCCUGCUGUGAUACACGGGGAGGGGAGGGGAUUCGCGAUACCUGCGUUUGCCAGAUCCCUUUGUGGGAAGGGGCCAUCAUACCUGCCAGAUCGAUUCCCACCUCCACCCGACCUAAAAAAAUAGGCCUUCCAGGAAGGCAAUAAAUAAAUAAGCCCAUGGUUUUAUGUCGCAGUCUGCCCGGUGACGGCGCUGGAGGGUCCCGAAGGGGAGCACGGGGUCGUGCCAUCCGUUCAGUGCAGAAGUUGUGAUGGGAACGUACGGGUCCUCGGGGUGGGAUUGGUUUGAUUUUAUGGUAUUGGGCUGGAUUCCUUUUUUUUUUUUUUGUAAAAAACAAAACAAAACAAAAAAACCAA